CAAACUCUCAACGUUGGACGCCUAAUUUUAGUCAUUUUCGUAAUCCCGUUUCUUGGAAAUGCCACUACCGACUAGUCAAGUGUCAACUAAGUUAACGUUCGAAGCACUUCCAAGUAUUGAAGCCUCCGCAUUCAACUUGUCUUCUCCUUUUUCUGGUUCUUCUGUUCAACUUUCUUCAAGAAAAGAACAUAGAGACCCCCCAAAUUCUUUCCUCUUUCGUUCUUGAAUUUUCACCAAAAAAUCACAUAACUUGUUCUUUUCUGGGUUCUUUUUGCGUUUUCUUGGAUCAUGGGUUGGAGGUAUAAAGCCGGUUUGGCGAUGAUUGGAGCUUUUGUGUUGAUAUGGGUUGCUGCCGCAGAGGUUACACAGAAAAUUUUUACAGAAUACAGACAGCCUUUUGCUCUCACAUACUUGUGGAUCUCCCUGAUGGUGGUCUUCCUUCCAAUAGCACUUUGUAGAGAUCUGAUAUAUAACUUAUUGGACAGGAAGUGGAUUGAAAGAAUUUAUGGCAAGAAAAGUAUCUCAACACUAGUUGGGCUAGAUUUUCCUCUCAGGGUCAGUGAGAAACAGGAUGAUCCAGAAGUAGCUUUGAAGAGCUACUUUAUGACAGACAUGAGUUUAGGUGAAACAGAAGUUGGACAACCUUUAUUGUUUCAGAACCAGGAAGAUGACUUCCAAAUCCUCGAAGAGACACAUGAACCAAGCUCAUGGGAAGUAAUCAAAUGUAGCCUUUAUCUUGCUCCAAUAUGGUUUAUAACAGAGUAUUUAUCAAACUCUGCUCUGGCAUAUACCAGUGUUGCAAGCACAACUGUUUUGACUUCAACUUCAGGGCUCUUCACACUUUUCUUUGGGGCACUAAUUGGACAGGACUCUGUAAAUGUUGCAAAAUUUGCAGCUGUUUUAAUUAGUAUGGCUGGUGUUGCAAUGACUACUGUGGGGAAAACAUGGGCCCCAGAUGAAGUGCUUAGCAUUUCUGAGACAAGAAGGCAUUCCAUCACCGGAGACAUUUUUGGUCUGCUCUCUGCAGUAUCUUAUGGCUUAUUUACAGUGCUUCUCAAGAGAUCUGCUGGAUCAGAAGGAGAGAAGGUUGAUGUACAGAAGUUCUUUGGAUAUAUAGGAUUGUUUACUUUAUUUGGUCUCUGGUGGCUAGUGUGGCCACUUAAUGCCCUUGGAAUUGAACCUGCUUUGAAGUUUCCAAGUUCAGCAUCCAUUACUGAAGUUGUUCUACUCAAUGGCUUCGUAGGAAGUGUCCUGUCGGAUUAUCUAUGGGCGCUGUCCGUAGUGUGGACAACCCCAUUGGUAGCAACACUUGGCAUGUCGUUAACGAUCCCCCUAGCAAUGCUAGCUGAUAUGUUCGUCCAUGGUCGUCAUUACUCGGCCAUCUAUAUUCUUGGAUGCAUUCAGGUGUUUGCAGGAUUUAUCAUCGCCAAUCUCUCAGACAGGUUUUCUUGUAAAAGAAGAUGAUUAACGACCACGACGAUAUGGAUCUUAGGCCUAGUAUCUUUAAUAUUUGACACACUUCCAUAUAACCAGCUGUCUGUAAAGAUUGUACCAAGAAUUGUAUAAACGUACAUUGUAUCAUAAUUCUUCAUAGCUUUAACUUGUGAAAUGCUGUUUUAAAACACGAGUGUGAUAGCACACAAGUACAGAUAUUCUUGAAAUUCGUACUCUCGAAUUGGAGAGUUUAAAGUUA